AUGCCCAAGUACGUGUUCCAGGCAUGGGUCGAAGCCCACAUUCGCAGCAUGGACGUGGUGGUGGUGGACUUGGGGGUUGGGCCAGUCGACGGCGACGUUGCCCUCGGCGCUACACUGCAGAGCAGUGUGACUGGACCUGUCCCACCGAGUGCCCCACGUGUUGCGGAUCUUGCACGCAGUGCCGUCGUACCCGACCGCAAUCACGGCAUGCUCGUCCUAACAGAGUUGCUGGCUUCAAUCCUCACAAACACGAGCGGUGCGUUGAGCACAGUCACGAUUACCAACUAG